AUGGCGGCCAGUGAGCCAAUGCCAUUUCCACGCCGCCUAUUUCUAACCGAUCGUGUCUCACGAAUACAAUUUCUUAUUGACACUGGAGCCGAUUUAUGUGUAUACCCACGUAGUGUGGUUCAAGGUCAACGAGAUAAAUCGGACUACUCCCUAUCAGCAGCCAACGGGACGACCAUUGCUACGUACGGAACUAUUACACUUGCUCUUGAUUUCGGACUUCGUCGAGUUUUCACUUGGAGAUUUGUGGUCGCGGAUGUUGAUCAAGAAACUGAAGAAACAAAUGAUGUUAAUGAUGUGGUUUCAUUGUCUUCGAAUACUUCAUUAUUGCCUUUGACUACCAUUCCAUCAGCUUCAACCACUAUUCCAUGUUCAUCAGUUUCUUCUACUAUUUCAUCAUCUUCGACCAGUAUACUUAAACGCAAACAGUCAUCUAUUGCUAGUUUUUUACCAAGAAAAAUGACACCUGAUAGAAAAAAAUGUGUGGAUAAUGCGUUAUUGAACAUGAUUGUAACUGAUUUUCAACCAUUUAAAAUAGUUGAAGAUACAGGAUUCAAACAAUUUGUAAAUUUAUUAAAUCCAAAUUAUUGUUUACCAACUCGACAAGCGAUUUCAAAGACUUUAAUUCCUCUUGAGUAUCAGAAAUGUAUUGCUAAAGUGGAAGAUCUCAUAACAAAUGAAGCACACAAUGUGUGCCUAACGACUGACUGUUGGACAUCUAGAUGCAAUGAGAGUUAUAUAGCAGUUACGGCUCAUUUUGUAAAUAAAGAUUUUAUACUCAAAUCAGUACUUCUAGAGUGUAGUGAAUUUUCCGAAAGGCACACUGCUGUAAAUUUAAGUGAUGAAAUUCGAAGCAUUAUAACGAAAUGGAAGUUGGAAGCUAAAGUUGUUUUAGUUGUUUCAGAUAAUGCAAGCAAUAUAAAGAACGCUAUACAUAAAUUACAUUUAAAACACUUGGGCUGUUUCGCUCACACUAUUAAUCUAGUUGUUGAAGAGAGUCUUAAAUGUGAAUCUGACUUGAUUAAUAAAGUUAAGACUAUAGUCACACACUUUAGAAAAAGUACUAUAGCCCAUAAAAUUUUGGAAAAAAACCAGAUUAAUAGUGGUAUUAAUGAACCUAGAAAAUUAAUUCAAGCAGUGAGUACUCGCUGGAAUAGUGUGUAUUAUAUGUUGGAAAGAAUUGUUUCACUAGAAAAGCCAGUACGGGCAUCACUUGGUUUACUUGAGAAUCCUCCAAGUAGUCUCACCACCAUUGAAUGGACAAUAGUUAAGGAACUAUGUAUUGUCUUAAAACCAUUUGAAUCGGCAACAAAAGUAGUUAGUGGUGAAAAUUAUAUGACGGCAUCCAUGAUUUUGCCCAUAGUCAAUGGUUUGUUAGAAGUAUGUCAUAAAAUGAAAAGCAAAACUUUUGAUCCUAGGAUUCAUGAAGUUAUUAAAAAUCUUCUAAGUGCAAUGGCCAAUAAAAAUAGCUGGGAAGACAGUAGCCAUAGCGUUGAACAUCAACAUUCUGUUGCAACUGAAGCUGAUGAAUUUUCCAUUUGGGGUACUUUAAAUGUGCAUACAAGUCAAUCAAGACCAACCAAUACAUCACGGUCAAUGGCUAUAUUGGAGGUUCAAAAUUAUCUUGAUGAUGUUUUAGUGCCUAGAUCAAAAGAUCCAUUAGAAUGGUGGAGGCAAAAUUAUUAUAACUUUCCACAUUUAUCCAUUUUGAAAAGAUUUGAAUACACAACGUCAAGUUUAACAGUUUCACAGUUUUCACAGUUUCACAAUUUAACCGUGAUAACAGAUAACGACAGUGUGAUCAGAUCACUGCUAUUUUUUGUGUUAGUAGCAGACACUGUUACUGCUACAUGGGCACAUGGCAAGUCGCAGUGA